GGCCUCUCCGAUAAAGCGGAAGAAGAGACAACAACAACAACGACGGCAGCAGCUUCUCAGCUCGACGUCGCUACUUGGCGAGAAAGACAGCAGAACAACUUAACGAUUACUUAUUCGGUGUCACAAAGUGCCGGCGGGUCGUGUGCGGUCAAUACAUUCGUUGUUGUUUAUAUCUGAUAAGAAAAUGUCUGUAUUUGCUAAGUUAUUCGGCAGCGGUAAGGAUGGGAAAGCGCCGUCAGCCCAGGACGCUAUCCAGCGACUCAGAGAAACCGAGGAGAUGUUGACCAAAAAACAGGAAUUUUUAGAGAAGAAAAUCGAUCAUGAGCUCAUGACGGCGAAGAAGAACGGCACGAAAAACAAACGAGCGGCUCUGCAGGCCUUGAAGAGGAAAAAGCGGUACGAGAAGCAGCUGGGUCAGAUAGAUGGGACAUUGUCCACCAUUGAGUUCCAGAGGGAGGCCCUAGAGAACGCCAACACCAACACGGAAGUGCUCAAGAAUAUGGGCUUUGCUGCCAAGGCAAUGAAGAGUGCACACGCCAACAUGGACAUAGACAAAGUAGACGACCUGAUGGCGGACAUCACAGAACAACAGGAAUUGGCUCAAGAAAUCUCAGAUGUCAUUUCCAGACCAGUCGGUUUCGGAGAAGAUUACGAUGAGGAUGAGCUUAUGGCUGAACUGGAGGAGCUGGAACAGGAAGAGUUGGACAGAAAUCUUCUGGAAAUCGAAGGAACCGAGGACGUUCCUCUACCCAGUGUACCAUCUACAUCACUACCAUCUAGACCAGCCAAGAAGAAGGAGGAAGAAGACGAAGACGACAUGGCGGACCUCGAGGCCUGGGCGGCUAACUAAGCUGGCUUGCUGUGCUAGCUGGCCAGUGCCCCUCCCCUGUCUGUCUCUGUGCUACCAGGCUGUUCCCAGACUUCUGGAGGAGAGACAGGGAGUCUGGGCUGCUGGCAUGCUGCUCUGUCUUGAAGGCUUUGUCCCAAUUUCUAAUCGUACCCCAACCCUGAAGUAUGCACUUGUGCGCAUAUUCACUGACUCAAAAUGAAACAAACCCAGGCUCUUCUCUUUUGAUUAAUGUUACAGUAAGAACCUCUUUGCUGCAACUGCACACUCCUCCAUUUCUAAAGGGCACAGAGCAAAUGCCAGGCCCUUGCAGCCUGUGGUUUAUGCAUAUCAGAGUUCUCCUUUUGAGGAAAACGAGUUCAUGACUCGGCACUUUGGUCAGGAGUGUGCAAGUGCAUACUUCUAGGGAAGAGUGCAUGGAGCAACAGGGCAAGGCUUGUCUCUGAAGGAAUGUCAAGAAUCAACAAACAUGAGGGUAAAAAAAAAAAAGAAAAAACGGAAAGAGGACAUAACUCAUUUUUCUGCUUCCUGCGUUGUCAUCUCUCUGCUCUCCUAGGAGUGAUGACGGCAACCCAUCGUCUCUGCUAAGUCUCAGCAACAGCAAAUUCAGAUAACUGAUGAAAAUGUGGGUUUUUCUCACUGAAAUAUCACUGUCAAACUGAAUGAUGACAUGUUAUAGCAGUGGACACAUCAUGUAAUGGAGGGGGGAGGGGGGUGUUCCAGUUUUGAUCAGCCAUACCUCUUACCACAGUGCCCACAGGUAACUUCUUGGUCACCCAUCAAGUUCUCUGAAUCUAAUCACUCAAGUAUCCAAAAUGUUGUGGGGAAAAGGAUUUUUGUUCAUAGAAGGAGCUUUUUCUUUCUUUCUUCAUCGCUUAACAUUACAGCUGCACUGGUGCCCCUUCUCUUACAAAUGCCAUCAGAAAUGUUUCUUGUUGGGACUCAGAUGUUAAUACUCAGACUGUCAAAACUGGUUUUACAGCUUAAAACACUUUUGCCAUUGUAUUUCAAGUAUCUUCAAGAAGACAGCCUCAACCAAGCAAAUUCUUUAAAGGGGCUGCCCCUUUAAGGAAUUUGCUCAGUGAAAACAUUUGACAGCCAGACUGGAGGGAUUGUGAUCAUUCUUUGGUCAGUUAGUGAAAAUUAGCUGUUAACUAGCACUAGCAGUGAAAAGCUUGACUUGAUAGCAGUAGAUUGAUCAGGAGCCUGCAUUUCUUUUCUAGCUGGGUUGGCCAGAAGUGCAAGAACAAGCUCACACCUGCAAAGCUGCAGGCUGAUUCAAAGCGAGCGAGCGAGUGAACUCAGUUCUUUGUAGCUGUCUAUCAGUCCUUCUUGUCCCUCACAGAAACUUUAUAAUUAGCGUUUUCAGACGAGCAUGUGCAGGCAGUUGAGAGGCCACUAAACUACAGUUUGAAAGAUACAGGUUUAUGUGUGUGAUUAUCAGCUUUAUCCUGGUACAUUUUUGAAUAUGUAUUCAUUCAAAAAACAGAUAAUAGAUGAAUGUUAAUGUAUUGUUAAUGAAGAUUAAUGUUUUAUGCUACAUUUUGGAAAAGUUAAGCUUAUUGGAGCUUGACUCACACCGUGGACUAAAGGUCAGGAUGUCUCCACCAUUGCUAAACUAAACCAUAUAUUUGAUUAAUAUAAUCAAAUUAUUAUAUUAAUAAAUGUACAUUGAUUAAUCACUCCACCACACCCACAUUUUUUUCCUGCCAAGCUAGGGGAAAUCAAAGCGGCGACCCUCCGGUCACAAGCUGCUUCUCCAGCCUCCUAGGUCACAGCUGCCCCAAAAAAUUCUUUCUGGCCAGGGUCUCCAUCACUCUGGAUCUUCCACAGAACACACCGGCAACUGUUUUCAAAGGGACUAAUUUCUAUUUAAGACAUAGUCUUGAUUAAAAACUGAAAUCCCACAGUCUAAAAACUUGUGCAUAUUAAAGUAAACGAAUACCACUAGAGGUGAGUAAGUGAAUUGGUUCCUAAUUUGGGGUGUCUUUAACAAGACGGCGAUUGCUAGUUGGCUAGCUGACAUUGCACAGAUCUGAGGGAUUGAUUGAUUUGUGAUCAGUCAAAAACGGCCUCAACCAAAGCUUCUCUGUUAUGCAGUGUGGGAGUAGUUGACUUCUGGCCUCUGUUACUCAGUCUAUAACUGCAUGUGCCUGACACCUCCAGCGCCUUGUCUGUCUGGUUUAACAGUGAUAUAAUCUGAGAAAACCCUACAAAGGUAUAUAAUAUAAAGAUGAGUGUGUGUGUGUGUGUGUGUGAUGUUUUCUCAGCCUUUUGACACAGUGACCUCUUGAAAUUGAGAUGGUGAGCUGGAUUGUUUCUUUUUUCCAUUCGUUAUUGGCUCGCCUGUAGGGCAGAACUGAUUCAAACGCAGAGAUGAACACGAGAUGUGUUGGUUUCACGUUGAUGCUCAUGGUAAAACAUUUGCAUAGCUACACUUUCUGCACACUACGCUUUUAUCAGCAGCAGUUUAUGUCUGGAUGGAUUGGGGUCGAUCCAGAACCAUAUUAUGACUUUAAACAUCACCUGUGUCCUUCAUUAAGCGAAUAAAUAAAAACUGUAAUGCAGAAUCGCCUUAUUUGUAAAUGGGUUAACCCCAGUUCAGACAAAUUAUUGAAAAGAAACUUGCAUAUAUCAGUAAAGUUUUUGUUUUUCCUUUUUUUUUUUUUUCCUUCUUUACCUGAGAUGUCACUCAUAUUCUCUCUGGCUGUACAGAAACACAGUGUGACAUGUAGCCAUUUAAAGAUGUUGGACUUUUUCAUGUGGCAUCCAUGUUGCUCUGUGACUGGGGCUGUACACAGAUUAUCUUAAUAAAGUUGGGAUUCAAUGCUGA